UUUAACGGCUGGAACUUUGAAAUUUCAAACAAAAAUAGAUAGUUAAUCUGAACCGACGGAGUGUUAUUGUAGCUUAAUUUUUAAAUGAAAUGUAAAUCAGUAAAAAUAAUGGAUGCGAAUAAUUUUGUCGCAAACUUGAAAGCAAACGGUGUGGAAAGUGAUAAAUAUGAUUUAGCUAAAAGUUUUAAUGAGUACAGUGAAAUAUUAAGACAGUUAUCUACAAAAGAUAAAAACUCGUUUUCCUUAAACGUGUUGUGUACAUUGUGCAGGAAUUUAGAAAAAGUGUCCACAUGGCGAGAGAGAAUCGACAAUAAGGAACUCUUAAGAUUGACAAUAGAAUGUGUGAGACAUACACGCACUCUGGAAGGACCGGAGCAAGUUAAGACGCUAGCCUGUGUGUACCAUGUACAUAAAUAUGUUAUUAAGCAGACCUCUCCAUUACCACCGGAACUUGUAUUGAAGUUAUCUUUCAUGCCGUUCGAAUACGAACAUGACAGCUUACUCAAGGAAUAUUACAAAACAUAUUGGAGCAUUAUAGCUGAUCGACUCACUUAUAUAGAGAAGUUAAAAACCAAAAGAAUGCCAGUAUCGAAACUGUUAUCAAGACUGAUAGACGAUGUUGUGAAACUUGUAAUGAUAUAUGAUACUGUUACAUUUUGUUCAACUUUAUUAGUAUUCCUCGUUAAAAAACUUCAUUACAUCUACAGCGAUUUGGCAGCGAAAGAACUCAAUGAAUCAUUUAGGAAGAUAUUUGAAUGCAUAUCCAACAAAGAUCUCAAACCAUUUAAAAGUUUAUCCGAAAAAGAGGCUCUUGAUUUAUAUGUUAAGUUUAACGAUUGCUUGUACAUCAUUACAGAGAAUUCUUCGAAGAUUCAUUUUAAGGAUUCAGUCUUAGAUUCUGUGAUGAGGGUCUGUAUUUCUUUACUCGGCCACCGAUCUGAUAUAUUCCACUGUUUUCAAACAUACUUUUUGAAUUCAUUUUGCUUUAUAUUUAAAGAGCAAACUGAUGUUAACUUAGUAGAAAAUAUUUUUAAUAGUCUGUGUAUGUCGUGCGAAAUGACUGAGAAAUUAGGCUAUAAACACACUAUGCAUGCAACAUAUCCAUUUAUAAGUCAAUUGCUGAGGUUAUUCAUUGAGUAUAAUGUUAAUAAUCUCAAUAAGAAUAGUUUUAAUGAAAAUAUAAUUCAAAGUAAUCUAAAAUUGAUGUUGGUUUUGUUGGAAAAAUUAAAGAAUACAACAAACCAAUUAGUGAAAUGUGAGAAUUGCAGUGUGAAAUCUGGCUUGCAUGAUGGAUUACGUUUGUCGUUCCUCGUAAAACAUUUCAUAACUAUGUCAAUGAACCAAAAUAUACCUAUGAUGAAUAUUUUAACCACCUAUUAUGUCUUGGUUGAACAACAAUAUUUAAUACUGAACGAAUUGCGGACACUGGGGUGUGUCAAUCAAGAGAAAUGCUUCAGGAAACUCCAAACUGACGUACACAAUACAGCAAUAACGUUAAACAAAUCCCAGUGCUACGAAUAUUCGAUAAAAUUAUUCGAGAUUUAUCUUCAAAAUGAGUUGAAAAAUAUUAAAAGUGAUGUUGAAUUGAAGAAUAUCAGCCGAGCUUUGUAUAAUAAAAGUAUAUGUGAGCUGGAGUUUAAAAGCUUCGAGGAAUCGUUGAAGAACGCAUACUUGAGUUUAAUCUUCUCGUUACCCGAAGGUCUUUGUUCGGAGAAGUUCAUGAGUUUAGUGAUGGAUAUUAAGGCGAAAGCUUUGAAGAGCGUGUCGGAAGACGCUGAUGGUGAAAGCAAUGAAUUACAAAUUACGUCCGUCUUAGAAGUAUGCAAGUCGUUGUAUGAUGACAGCUGUUAUGGGGAUUUGAAGCCGUUUAUGAAGAAUUUAACAUUCAGCGCCCUCUUAAAACACGAGUUCGCGAUGUACGUGAAGCUGUGGCCGUCCAUCGUGCCGAUCGCCGGCGUGUGGAAGUCUCUGAACGAUUUGGUCAACGGCAAACAUCAAUGGGUCAAAGCUGAAAGCAAAGAUAUGUUACAAUGGACUCUCUUCGAGAUAGUCGUGGAGACGCCGACGGCCGUGCGGACGAUACACGACGACAGCUACAGGGAAAUCGUCAAGCAACUCUUGGAGCACUUCGACACCAAGCAAGUAAAUACCUUCCAAGAGACGGUAGUGCACGCCGCCCUGAUGUGCCUCCAGUCGGAGUACGACAUCGCGGAUGCGAGUCAGAAGUACGGGUGGAAGGUUGAGGAAAAUACGCUCGACCCGGAGCAGGCGGAGGUGUCCCGCACGGUGGAGCAGGAGCAUCGCGCCGUCUCGCUCGCACGCCGCGCCGUCGCCGCGCUCUCCCGCGCGCUGGCCGCCGCGCCCCCCCGGGACCGCGCCGAGACGUCGGCGUCCCUCGUCCGCCACGGCCUGCAGCUGUUCCAGGUGUCGACGGAGCGGCUGCUGCUCCUGCGGCGGCUGGGCGACGGGCUGCAGCUGGCGCACGCGUGCUGCGAACUCGCCGAGCUCGUCGGCGACGAGGAGGCGCUGCUGCGCGGCGCCGGCCGCCUGCUGCGCGCGGCGCGCUCGCGGCGCCCGGCGCUCGACGCGCUGGCGUGGCGGGCCGCGCCCCGCGCCGCCGGCCUGCUGGGCGACGCGCGCUGCCCGGACGCCGCGAUCGCCUUCCUGUGCGAGCUGGCGAUGUACUGGAGCCGCGGGGGGAGCGGCGCGCGGGGCGCGGCGGCGCGGCUGCUGCGCGCGGCGCAGGCGCACUCGCUGCGGCACCAGGACGCCAACCUUCCAUUGUCCACGGGUCGUCUGAUGGAGGCUCAGGCGCUGCUCUGUCCCGACGCGGGUCUGAGUAAGCUGAGCGCGGUCAACGGUCUGCAGCGUCACUACCUCGCCGCUUCCAACAAUUCGGCGCGCUGGGGCGGGCGGCGCGCGGGGGCGCUGGCGGCGCGGGCGGCGCUGGGCGGCGCCAGCGUGCGCGCGGGCGCGCUGGGCCGCGCGCUGCGCCUGCUGCGGCGCGCGGCCGCGGCGGCGGCGCCCGCGCUGCCGCGCUGCUCUGCGCUGCGCUGCGCGCUGCUCUACGCGCUGUGCACGGACGCCGCGCGCGCGGACGACGCGCAGGUCAAAAUCGACAAUCGUCUCAAAUACAUCCUCGGGCUGCGCUCGUCGAGCGACUCGUCGGUCGGUCGCGCGGAGACCCCGAAGCGCGAGGAGUUCACCCCGCAGCGGGAGCCGCUGGAGUCCAUGCUGGACAGCAUGUUCAAGAGGACGCAAGUGAGCCCGUCGCUGCCCUGCACGGCCAUCCCGGCCGCCCGCACGCCCGCCUUCCUGCGCCACCCGCGCGCCUGCGAGUGCCCCGCCUGCGCGCUGCCCGACUGCGCCAUCGUCGCGUGCCUCAUCUGUUAUCUCGAGGCUUCGAUGUACUAUCGGGCGAAGGAGUUCGAUAUCGCGCAGAACUACUUCGACGGCGCCACGAGAGCCUUCGGCUUGGCAGAGAUUAAGUUGAAACACACCUUUGAUAACUACGGGAAGAAGUACAACGACACGGUUGUCGAAAUAACGAGAGAAAUUGCCGAGAGUCAUUUCCGGAGCGUUCAGCUGGAGUUCUUGAUAGAGUUGUGUCUCUUCGAACUGUCCCGAGGUGAGAUCGGCAAGUCGGACGACACGUUGAUAAGGAUCCACGAACUCGUAGCAGAUGAUAAGAAUAUUGACGUUUACUUACAAAACGAAAUCUCAAAUCUCAUGGUGGCCUCGGCGCAAUUAAGAGAAAGCACCAAGGUGCCCAAAGCAACGGGCUUAGAGAACGAAUUAGAAAGCCUCAAGUUAAGCCCCGUUGUGCUCACGGAGCCGCAGACGACACCGGAAACAAAGAACGCUGUACCAAAAACAGAUACAGUUGUCGUAGUCAAAGCCGAAGAUUUACCAAAGAAACGCAAAGUCAUAAAACUGAACUUUGACGACGUGAGUACGGAAGAGAGCGAGGAGAAAGCUAAACCCAAAAAACAUCAAUUCAAAAUCCCGGUUCCGGUGACUUCCAAACCAGUUUUGGAGAAGAUGACGCCCAGACCGACCAGGUCUAGACCGGAGAUAGUAAUACAGCAGCCGUCCGUUGAUCAAUCGUUCAACGUAUUCACACCGAAGUCAGAAGAAAAUGGGGAAUUUUUCACACCUUGUCAGUCCACUCCCGCCGAACAGUUCUUCACUCCGAUGACUUCCAUGAAAACUUACUCAAAACGUGUUGUUAAAAAUUUGGAAGCAGAAUUUUCGACGCCGAAAGGCAAGGAGAACUCACAGGUGGAGAGCAAACUGCGCUCGAGAUCCAGGGUCGAAACUGGGUCAGUCCAGGGUAUUAAAGACAAGAGGACGCUGAAAAGAGCUACGAGUCCUGGAAAAUUGCCGCAAGAGAAACCAACAACACGCUCGAGGAAAAUAAGACAGCCAGUGUUGGAUGAUAGGAAAUGAAGCGUCCCAUGAUUUAAAUACUAAUAUUGAAUUUACUAAGCACAGAAGUGUAUAAUUACAGUUUAACCGGUUCCAAUCGAAGGAUGAAGAUGAACACAGACCUCAGAUUUACAUAUUCCAUAGUAUUCCACUUGACUACUUAUAUUCAAUUUAAUUUUACUUCCAAAGUCCCGAUAACAGCAUCGCCGGCAUUCAAACGCCAUAUUGUCGCGAUUCCGUAAUGAAUACCAUAGAUUAUUGGAGAUCUCGACCAACGACACCGCGUCGAUCCAAUGUCAGCUCUUUAUUUGUCUUCAAUCCUCUCAGUCUGAAUAGAUUUUAGUAUUCAAUUAAAUAAAUUAAUUUUCGUUAAGUUUUGCUCACCUGAAUUUGUUGUGCGAAACAUUCGAUCACCGAUGUAAUUAUAUAUGGUAUUUAAAAUUAAAUUAAUUUAUAGAAAAAGGUGACAUCUUGA